AUGGAGCGGAUAUUUGUGUGGAAUCACCAGGACGAGAAGAAGAAGCUCGCUGCGCAGGAGGUCAGGAAGCGUCAUCGCGCGAACAAGAAGAGCAACAAGCCCGCUACGCCCGAGACCUGGCAGGAGGUGCUGCUGCGGCAAACGGACCUACCGCCCUGGAAGCGAAAUCUGCGCGUCUUCCUCCUCGAGGCGGUCGAAGACGCGCAGGCCGCCAUUUCGCUCUUCAAGCAGCUCAGCCCUGCAAAGCUCUUCAAGCUGCCCGACAUCCACAAGAAGCUGCCCUACGACACGCCGGAGACGCGCGGACGCCGCACGCCGCUCCACCCGCCCAUGCGCGCCAUGGCGGCCGCCGAGGCCCGCAACAACGGCAACCUCGAGGCCGGCGUUGAACUGACCAACCGCGACGUAUUCAAGCGCCCGAAGCAAGUGACGCACGUCGGGAAGCACGUCGUGGCGCAGGCCGUGGCCGUCAACGCUAUCGUUCUGUACCUCAUGAUUCAGGCAUGA